GUCACGUACUAAUUUCAAGGAAUAGACGGUGUCCCAGAAAUGAGGAUGACGGAAAGACGGAGACGAGAUCGCCUGAUGCGUAGUUGGCGGACAGUGACAGCAGUGAACAGCUGGCCGAUAGCGCGAUGAGCGUUUCAAGUAUCGCCGCGACGUCCGCAUGCCUCGAGCGUAACUGGAGCAAUAUAUCCGAGGACAGCUAGACGCGUAGUCGUGACACCACGAGGACAUCUCCGGAGGCUUAGUUCGACCCCCGGGUGAUCCUCUGCCUCUCACGACGCGAAGAUGCUCCAGCGACGUCAUCGUCGUAGAAGACGUAUUUUCGCUGUGACGUACCGUAUCGAUAGCGUGCAGGAUGAACUCGCUGCUGAAAACCGUCAAUUCCAUAGCGGGCAACAAGAGGAACCUGCUGGUCAGGGAUUCUCUGCAAAAGCAGCUCAACACGAGCGUCAUGGAGAUGCAGAGUGCGCCGAGGAUAUCCGACGACGACGACGUUGUCGGCAACUGCGACGAGACCAUGACCCUGUGCUCCGUACUCGAGGCCAUCUUCCUGCAUGGCUUGAAGGACACUCUGUUGAAUCGAGUAACGGAGGCUCUCAGCGGUCCCGACUUCGACGCUAUGCCACAGCCAAGCUUCUGGGGUCCGCUGCUCGUGUUUUCCCAUCGUCAGAUCAUAGACCAGAUACAAGCGUUAAGCCAAGUUACUACAGAGGUCGGGUAUUGUCGGGCUUGGAUACGAUUGGCGCUGAACGAAGGUCUAUUAGCUAGCUAUUUUUGCUCCAUAAGAAGGGACAAUUCGGCUUUGAAGCCGUACUACAAUCGUUCAGCCUACAUGAGGGAUGUAGACUUUGUUGAGGUUGCGCAAAGAUUGAUAGAAAGCUUGGAUUAUGUGCGGUUCGAGUUGGCUUGCAAUAGUAGCCUCUUAAACUUUUGGUCCAGUACCCCUUUGCUGCUAGCUGGUAUUUGGUCACCGCCGAUGAAGUCUUGUCCCGUAUUUAGUGCAGUAGAUAUAGCGAAAACUAUAACCACCGAAUUGACCGACAACUUUGAUGAAGUAGAAACUGCAAGUUCUAUUGGUAGCUCAAUUGGAAUUGGGUCGUUCACUUCUUCGCAAUCAAUGUUUAAUAAUGUAGCAUGCAUCAGUGAAGACGAAGCGCUGAAAAUCAUUUUAGCUAACAAAAAAACCGAUAAUAUCGUCCAACAUUUGCAAAACAAUCCUGUGAAUACUGUAGCAGACAGAAUGCAGGAAAGCGGUGUGACUCAACAGUUAGACAGUAACUCUGCAGAUACUGUGAUAAAAAACCAAAUGACAGAUAAAAAAGAGGUCAAGGAAGUACAACAGAUGCCAAAUGGUAACACAGAAAGAGAGGAUACAGAUAAUAUUACUGCUGAUACGGAAGAUCCAGCUUUAAAUACUUUGAGAGGCAGCGAUAUCAUUAAUGACACAACCGCGGCCACUGUAGGAAAUUCAUUAAUAGGAAAAUUAGGAUGGUCGACGUCAUUUGAAGAUUGCCAAUCUUCCUUAACUUCGUCUGUGAUAUCUCAAGGAUCUGCAAAGGAUGCGCCUCGUACACCCGGCGAUGGUCCUACAUACGAUGCGCUUAUCCAAAGUUACCAGACUGCUGGAACUAGUACAGUGCCAGAUCUGCAAGAAUUCUUUAAAGAAUAUCCAAAAAGGGAGGAGACUAUUGUGGAGGAAGGAAACAAAGUUCAACCUGAACCAAAGGUUGCGAUAAAUUUUGAAGAACAACUAGGAAAUAUCUCGAGGGAAAAAGGUUUAGAUGUUCAAAAUUACAAUUGUUUUGAUUGUGGUGAGGCAAUUGGCAUGACCUUUUCCAAAGCGCAUGUGUGCUGGUAUUCGGGCAAUUACUACUGUUCAAAAUGCAUGGCAGAGGGGCAGUAUAUCAUACCAUCGCGUAUGAUUCAUAAUUGGGAUUUAAAACAGUAUCCUAUUAGUCGAAAAGCCGCUUCGUAUUUAACAGACAAACCGGCCCUGUUGGAUCUAAAGAUCCUAAACCCAAAAAUUUACAUGGCUGUAGACACUAUGGCUCAAUUGCAAUCCUUGCGUAUUCAAUUGAAUUUAUUGAGAGCCUAUCUAUUCACGUGUCGCGAACCCAUCAUCGAAUCCUUGCAAAAGAAGGUCGCUCCUAGAGACUAUUUGUACGAGCACGUUCAUCAAUAUUCAGUUUUAGACCUUCUUGACAUACCCAAUGGAAUUCUGGCGCAACAACUUCAAAAAGUUGUUGAGUUUGCGAGAAAUCAUGUAAUUAAUUGUUGGCUUUGUAGUCAGAAAGGUUUUAUAUGCGAAGUCUGUAAUAAUACAAAAGUUAUUUAUCCCUUCGAUAUGGAAUCCACAUUUCGAUGCGGAUCGUGUAAUGCCGUAUUUCAUGCGGACUGUUUAAACGCAAGUAAACCGUGUCCAAAGUGCGAACGCAGACGUAAACGGAUGGAUAUGCCUCUUUUAGAUAUGGGAUGUACAGAUCUACCACAUAAUAGUGUAUCCUCAUCCCCGAUUGACAUGAAUUAAUGUACAUUAUUUAAUAUGUCUAUAAUGACAAUGUUUUAUCAUCCUCUUAACGCGUUUAAGCAGUAUUGUUUGUCUAAUUUGCAUUCCAAAAAAUUAAUUUCGCUAUAUUUCGCGUAAUUACUCAUAACUUUAAUCUUGAAUCUACAAAUCUCAAUUUUUUCGUGUAAAUAAUUAUAUCUAUAUUAUAUAUUGUGCAUAAAAAUGUAUAGAAAUAUAAUAUCUUUCUAUAUUUUUUGUCAGUUCUCCGAAUAUUUUGUUACAAACUUAUACUCUAAAAAAAAGAUAUUUGUACCUUACUGUAUCUUACGAGACUGGCAGCUUACUACGCAUAGACAAAAAAAUAUUAUAUCUUUAUACAACUAUAUAUAUAUAUAUAUAGACGUUCAUUAUAAUUCUAUGUACAAAAAUAGCAAAAUAUAUGAAAUCAUUUACUUGU